CUAGCUUGGUACACGCCUACACUGAAUAAACCCCGUCGACUGUAAUCCUCACUGUACAACAGCGGAAUACUCUGCGGGUUAUUUGUUCUGCCUCUCACCAUAACUUUGUCUCAUAUAAAGCAAAGACAAUGGACAACAGUGGGAAAGAGAAGGAAGCGAUUCAGCUAAUGGCCGACGCUGACAAAAAAGUCAAGUCCUCUGGCUCUUUUUUGGGAGGGAUGUUUGGAGGAGGACCUCACAAAGUGGAAGAAGCAUGUGAGAUGUACUGCAGAGCAGCCAACAUGUUCAAGAUGGCCAAGAACUGGAGCGCGGCUGGAAGUGCGUUCUGCAAGGCUGCACGGCUGCACCUGCAGCUGCAGAACAAACAUGACUGCGCCACCAGUUUCAUUGAUGCAGGAAAUGCUUACAAGAAGUCUGACCCCAAUGAGGCAAUCAAGUGUUUAAAUGCGGCCAUCGAUAUAUACACAGACAUGGGAAGAUUUACCAUCGCAGCCAAACACCACAUCAAUGUCGCAGAGAUCUACGAGUCCGAACUGGUGGAUAUCGAGAAGGCUAUUGCACAUUAUGAACAAGCAGCAGACUACUACAAAGGGGAAGAAUCCAACAGCUCUGCUAACAAGUGUCUGCUGAAGGUGGGGGCUUACUGUGCUCAGUUGGAGCAGUACCACAGGGCUAUUGAGAUCUACGAGCAGGUUGGAUCCAACACGAUGGACAACCCGUUGCUGAAAUACAGCGCCAAAGAGUAUUUCUUCAAAGCCUCCCUGUGUCACUUCAUCGUGGACGAGCUCAACGCUAAGAUUGCUAUUGAAAAAUAUGAGGAGAUGUUCCCGGCUUUCUCAGACUCUCGAGAAUGCAAACUGUUGAAGAAACUUCUUGAUGCUCAUGAGGAACAGAACAGCGAAGCUUUCACAGAGGCAGUGAAGGAGUUCGACUCGAUCUCACGUCUGGACCAGUGGCACACGGCCCUCCUGCUGCGCAUCAAGAAGACCAUCCAGGGCGAUGAAGGGGAUUUAAAAUGAAAGAUCGCAGGGUCACAAACACAGCAUGGAGGGACAAACCCAUCACGCAUGCUUACACACACACACACACACACACACACACACACACACACACACACACUCAGCUCACUGUGUAUAGCAUCUGGAGAUGAGUGUCUGCUGAUGACUUUGAAUAUUCCACUGCUCACUGCUAUACUGUCAGAGUACUAUCUUUGCUUUCCUUACGAGCAUAUCUGAAUCUAGUCAGAAUGUGAAUCCUCUCGCCCUCACCUCUGUCUGGAGGAUUGCUGCAUACCUUCUUCUGCUGAAGUCUGUCCUGGGGGAUUUCAGAGCCGAUGUUAGUAUCGACAACAAGCACUGCAUGUUUUGUACAAUUAUUGUUUUCCUUAGUCGGAUGCAGUUAGGUGUUUUUAUUUUUUAAAUCUAGUUUAAUAGACAUUUAACCCGUUUUAUUUAAAUGUUUCAGUCUGUUCUACAUCAGAGCAUCAUGGUGUGUAUGGAUUUCAAGAAUGUACCUUUGUAUUUGUUUUGCUGUUAGUCGGAGUAGGAGGGAAGGGCUCAAGUCCACAUCAUGAUUGUUCUUAGAGCUCAAGUCAUUACAGCCACGCAGGAAGGUUUAAGUUUCCAUCUGAUCACCGGUGGGGAGAGACUCUUCUGGAAGAAGGGCAAAGAUAUGCACCAAGUGUAGACUGUUAAACAUGUGUAUCCCUCACACACACACACACACACACGCAUUCAAACUUACACUCACUUUAGGAUUCAUUGAUGUAAUAAUACUUUGAAUGUGUGAGCCUGUAAGGUGUGAUUUAUAGUUUGCCUGUGAGGGAGUAUUUUUGAGUGAAAAGCACUGACAUGGAAACCUGUGCUGCUUAUUUCCAGGGCAGUGAUCUUGGGGUAACGGGCAUCAUUAGUCACUCAUCUCGUGCCGUGUCGUGAACGUAUCAUUGAAGGUUUAACUACUGCAGUACGCCUUCCUAAUGGCCAGUCGCUAAGCAUGUCAUUGUGUAUAGAUUAGCGUUGUUACAUUCACUAGUGUGAGCCAGACCAAAGUUUUUACUAAAGGGUCCGUCACCCUGCGUAUCCAGCUUCUUCCUGAUGGAAUGACAGUGGAUAUGAUCUGUAUGCUAGUGCGAAUGGACAAUAAUAAAGAUAUUAUAUUCCC